AUGAAAAUUGAAGAAGUUAAAAGCACUGCGAAAACGCAAAGAAUAUCUGCACACACUCAUAUAAAAGGUCUAGGUCUAGAUGAAAAUGGAGUACCGAUUCAAAUGGCAGCCGGUCUCGUGGGCCAAGAAUCAGCGCGAGAGGCUGCAGGGAUAGUAGUGGAUAUGAUAAGAAGCAAGAAAAUGGCGGGACGUGCAUUAUUACUAGCUGGACCCCCUGGAACUGGUAAAACAGCAAUUGCCCUAGCCAUAGCACAGGAACUUGGUAACAAAGUACCAUUUUGUCCGAUGGUAGGGAGUGAAGUAUAUAGUACUGAGAUUAAAAAGACAGAAGUAUUAAUGGAAAACUUCCGUAGAGCUAUUGGUCUACGAAUCAGAGAAACAAAAGAAGUAUAUGAAGGAGAAGUUACUGAACUGACUCCGGUAGAGACUGAAAAUCCUGCUGGCGGCUAUGGCAAAACUGUUUCCCAUGUGAUAAUUGGUCUUAAGACAGCAAAAGGUACAAAAAACUUGAAGCUUGACCCUACAAUAUAUGAAUCACUGCAAAAGGAAAAGGUUGAAGUUGGGGAUGUUAUUUAUAUAGAGGCGAAUUCCGGAGCAGUGAAAAGACAGGGAAGAAGUGAUACUUUUGCUACUGAAUUUGAUCUAGAGGCUGAAGAGUAUGUUCCCUUACCAAAAGGUGAUGUUCAUAAAAAGAAGGAAGUUGUCCAAGAUGUAACUCUUCAUGAUUUAGAUUGUGCUAAUGCUAGGCCACAGGGAGGCCAUGAUAUUAUGUCUAUGAUGGGACAACUGAUGAAGCCCAAGAAAACUGAAAUUACUGAUAAGCUUAGGAAAGAAAUAAACAAAGUAGUAAAUAAAUAUAUUGACCAAGGUAUAGCAGAAUUAGUGCCUGGGGUUUUAUUUAUAGAUGAGGUUCAUAUGCUAGAUAUAGAAACAUUUACCUACCUUCACCGUGCCUUAGAAUCAGCAAUCGCUCCCAUAGUUAUAUUUGCAACCAACAGAGGUCGUUGUCAAAUAAGAGGAACUGAAGAUGUUAUCUCUCCACACGGUAUUCCAUUGGAUCUUUUAGAUAGACUGUUGAUUAUCCGCACUCUUCCAUACAAUAAAUCUGAACUUUUACAGAUAUUAAAGCUUCGUGCUAAUACUGAGGGUAUAUCUAUAGAUGACGAGGCUUUGACAGCUCUCUCCGAAGUUGGUGCCAACAGCACUCUCAGGUAUGCUGCCCAACUACUGACUCCUUCAUGGCUGGCGGCCCGUGCAGAGGGCGCCACUCGUAUCGCACCUUCCCACGUCCGUUCAGUGCACGCUCUGUUCCUCGACGCCAAGUCUUCCGCACGCAUCCUCACACAACACUCGGACAAAUAUAUGAAAUAA